CUCGCGCGCACGGCAGCCCGCGCGCACGCUGCGUCUGAGCGAGGGGGGCUCUCUCAUCACAUCGCAUCGAAAAGCCCAACUUUGAUUUCCACCUCCAGGAAAUUACGAAUUAUUUCUCCGCCACCUACCCCCCUCUUUGCCUUUCUUUCUUUUUUCUUUCUUCUUCUUCUUCUUCUUCAUCCUCCUCCCGAACCCCCCCUCCCCUCCUCCCCUCCCGCUUCAUCCACCACACUCGUCCUCACGCGAUGCCUUCAUCUCCCCUUUCUCCCCGCGCCGAGGAGCCUGAGCCCCAGCAGGCUGCAGCAGCCGCCGCGGCGCUGCUGUAGGACUCCAGCCGCCUCCACCCCUCGCACUCAGCGCCGCAGCACCGCUGGCCGAGGAGCACAUGGCGACGGAGAGCAGGUGAUCGAGGUCGCACGUCGAGUCCUUUUUCUCUUCGUUCCUCCUGAGGCAGAAUCCAGGAAUUGCCCCCUGUUUAUUACCCCCCCUCCCCUCCUCCUCCUUCUUCUUCUCCUCCAACACCACCACCACCUCCAGCAACGCUGCGUCGAUGUCCUUGGAGCAUGGCCUGGCUUACCCGCUCACGCCACCACACUGCUCCUUCUGAAUCCUGACCUGCACGCCCGGCCUGUAAUACUUUCUCUGCGAUCCCCCACUCCCUCCUUUUCAUCAUCCCGAUGGAUUGGGAGCGCUCCAUUCCCUCGUUCUGUUGACCCUCUGGCCGCGGGGGUAGAGUGGAGCGGGCAGGAUUUGCUUUUUUCCUCACAGUCAGUGAGCGUUUCGCCCCAGCCGUGCCCUCCUCCGAUGGAGAGUUAGUUAGAGGCGCGGGUGCAGCCGUGGGAGGGAGAGAAGAGGGGGCGAGUGACAGAUCCACAACACACUAAACAACACAGGCAAUCCCCAGCGACUGAGACGGAGUCUCAGGGCGUUCCAUAGAUCUGGACCAGAAGAAGACGCAUAGGCGCAAGUAAAUUGGCCGAAUAGAAGCCGAAGAAUCAAAAAUGUCCACGACGGCCACCAUGGGCGAGAUGGCGAACAGUGCAGUGGAGUUUUACCCCAAGCGGUCCGGCAGCAGGGCAGAGGCCAACCACUCGGGCGACUUUGGGGCCACUGUGGAGGAGCUGCGGUCUCUGAUGGAGCUGAGAGGAGCCGAGGCCAUGCAGAAGAUCCAGGAGAGUUACGGAGACACAGAGGCGCUCUGCCAGAGACUCAAGUCUUCCACCACAGAUGGUUUGUCUGGCAACCCGGUGGACUUGGAGAGGCGGGCGCAGGCGUUUGGACAAAAUUUCAUUCCCCCCAAGAAGCCCAAGACGUUCUUGCAGCUGGUGUGGGAGGCACUGCAGGACGUCACCCUCAUCAUCCUGGAGAUAGCAGCCAUCAUCUCCCUCGGCCUGUCCUUCUACCAGCCCCCGGGGGAGGAGAGCGAAGCAUGUGGGAACGUGUCGGGCGGUGCGGAGGACGAGGGCGAGGCAGAAGCCGGCUGGAUCGAGGGUGCGGCCAUCCUGCUGUCAGUUAUCUGCGUGGUGCUGGUAACGGCCUUUAAUGACUGGAGUAAGGAGAAGCAGUUCCGCGGGCUGCAGAGCCGCAUCGAGCUGGAGCAGCGUUUCGCAGUGGUGCGCAAUGGCAACGUCAUCCAGAUCCCUGUGGCUGAGAUGGUGGUGGGAGACAUGGCCCAGAUCAAAUACGGUGACCUCCUGCCUGCUGAUGGCAUCCUAAUUCAGGGAAAUGACUUGAAGAUCGACGAGAGCUCCCUGACCGGAGAGUCGGACCACGUGCGCAAGUCAGUGGAAAAGGACCCUAUGCUUCUCUCUGGCACCCAUGUGAUGGAGGGAUCGGGGAGGAUGUUGGUGACGGCUGUUGGAGUGAAUUCUCAGUCUGGCAUCAUCUUCACUCUUCUGGGGGCUGGAGAGGGAGAGGAGGAGAAGAAAGAGAAGAAAGAAGACAGUAGUUACUCACUCACUACUGAGGCCAAACAGAGCAGCAUCACCAAUGGCAAGCAGCCAGAGGCAGCAGUGGAGACCAAUCAGAAUAAAGCCAAGAAGCAGGAUGGCGCCGUCGCCAUGGAGAUGCAGCCGCUGAAGAGUGCUGAGGGCGGAGAGGUGGAGGAGAGGGAGAAGAAGAAAGCCAACGUGCCGAAGAAGGAGAAGUCCGUCCUGCAGGGCAAACUCACCAAGCUGGCCGUGCAGAUCGGAAAAGCGGGUCUGGUGAUGUCAGCUAUCACAGUGAUUAUCUUGGUGCUGUACUUUGUGAUUGAAACAUUUGUGGUGGAGAGGCGGGUCUGGCUACCGGAGUGCACGCCCAUCUACGUGCAGUACUUCGUCAAGUUCUUCAUUAUCGGAGUCACAGUGCUGGUGGUUGCCGUGCCAGAGGGUCUACCCCUCGCUGUCACCAUCUCUCUAGCCUACUCAGUGAAGAAAAUGAUGAAGGACAAUAACCUGGUGCGCCACUUGGAUGCUUGUGAGACAAUGGGCAACGCCACUGCCAUCUGCUCAGACAAGACUGGAACGCUGACCACCAACCGCAUGACUGUGGUGCAGGCUUACGUGAACGACCAGCACUUCCGAGAGAUCCCUGACCCCAGCCAGGUCAACCCCAACACCCUGGAGAUGAUAGUCAACGCCAUCGCUAUCAACAGCGCCUACACCUCCAAGAUCAUGCCUCCUGAUAUUGAAGGUGGUCUGCCUAAGCAGGUGGGGAAUAAGACAGAGUGUGGCCUGCUGGGUUUUGUGCUGGACCUGAAGAGAGACUAUGCACCCGUCCGUGAGCAGAUCCCUGAAGAGAAGCUCUAUAAGGUCUACACCUUUAACUCUGUCCGCAAAUCCAUGAGCACCGUGGUGCAACUGCCGGACGGCAACUUCCGCCUCUACAGUAAAGGAGCCUCUGAAAUCCUGCUGAAGAAAUGUUCGUCCAUUCUUGGGGCAGGGGGUGAGGCGCGGAGCUUCAGGCCGCGGGACAGGGAUGAGAUGGUGAAGAAGGUGAUUGAGCCAAUGGCAUGUGAGGGUCUGCGUACCAUCUGCAUUGCCUACCGUGACCUGUCUGGUGAACCUGAGCCUGACUGGGACAAUGAGGCUGAAAUCGUUACUGACCUCACCUGCAUCACUGUGGUGGGCAUUGAGGAUCCUGUGAGGCCUGAGGUACCUGAGGCCAUCCGAAAGUGUCAGAGGGCAGGCAUCACUGUGCGCAUGGUCACCGGCGACAACAUCAACACAGCCCGCGCAAUCGCCGCCAAGUGCGGCAUCAUCCAGCCUGGUGAUGACUUCCUGUGUCUAGAAGGCAAAGAUUUCAACCGACGAAUCAGGAAUGAGAAAGGAGAGAUUGAGCAGGAGAGGAUCGAUAAGAUCUGGCCUAAACUGAGAGUCCUGGCUCGUUCCUCACCCACAGACAAACACACUCUGGUUAAAGGCAUCAUCGACAGCACUGUGAUGGAGCAGAGGCAGGUGGUGGCGGUGACGGGUGAUGGCACCAAUGACGGGCCAGCCCUGAAGAAAGCAGAUGUGGGCUUUGCCAUGGGCAUUGCUGGUACUGAUGUAGCUAAAGAGGCCUCCGACAUCAUCCUGACUGAUGAUAAUUUCUCCAGCAUUGUGAAGGCAGUUAUGUGGGGGCGGAAUGUCUAUGACAGCAUUUCGAAAUUCCUGCAGUUUCAGCUUACUGUCAAUGUAGUGGCCGUCAUAGUGGCCUUCACUGGAGCAUGUAUCACACAGGACUCUCCUCUGAAAGCGGUGCAGAUGUUAUGGGUUAAUCUGAUUAUGGACACGUUUGCGUCUCUUGCCCUGGCCACUGAGCCGCCCACUGAAGCUCUGUUACUGAGAAAACCCUAUGGCCGUAACAACCCCCUCAUCUCCCUUACAAUGAUGAAGAACAUCCUGGGUCAUGGAGUCUAUCAGCUUGUCAUCAUCUUCACCCUGCUGUUUGUCGGAGAGAAGAUCUUUAACAUCGACAGCGGCCGCAAUGCUCCACUGCACUCACCUCCCUCCGAGCACUACACCAUCAUCUUCAACACCUUCGUCCUCAUGCAACUGUUCAACGAGAUCAACGCCCGCAAGAUCCAUGGAGAGAGGAACGUCUUUGACGGAAUAUUUUCCAACCCCAUCUUCUGCAGCAUCGUGCUGGGCACCUUCGGAGUUCAGAUCGUGAUAGUGCAGUUCGGGGGAAAGCCCUUCAGCUGUGCCCCUCUCAACAUGGAGCAGUGGCUGUGGUGCCUCUUUGUGGGAGUGGGAGAGCUCCUGUGGGGCCAGGUCAUCGCUACAGUGCCCACCAGUCACCUUAAGUGUCUGAAGGAGGCGGGCACGGGGCCGGGCACCGACGAGAUGACGGAGGACGAGCUGGCUGAGGAUGAAGAAGAGAUAGACCACGCUGAGAGAGAGCUCCGCAGGGGCCAGAUCCUCUGGUUUAGAGGCCUCAACCGCAUCCAGACUCAGAUGGAGGUAGUGAGUACAUUCAAGAGAAGUGGUUCGUUUCAGGGUGCAGUGCGACGGCGUUCGUCUGUGCUCAGCCAGCUCCAUGACAUGCGGGUGGUGAAAGCGUUCCGUAGCUCGCUCUACGAUGGCAUCGAGAAGCCCGAGUCCAGGAACUCCAUCCACAAUUUCAUGGCGCACCCUGAGUUUCUCAUCAACGACUUCAUCCACAACAUCCCGCUGAUCGACGACACGGACAUCGACGACGAAUCGGAACUGUCCAAGCACAACCACUACCACCAACACCUGCACCCGGCGCUCCGCAAGCCCCCGCCUCCUCCCCCAGCCCGCCAUCAUCCACGCCCCUACCGCCAGUACAGCCUGCCUGCCACGCCCAACCGCAACAACAAUGCCAUUGAGAGCAGCAUCCACCACCUGACCCGACUCACAGACCACACUGGACACUGGACCUCCUUUCCCAGACAGCCGUGCCCCCUGCUUAGCCUGGAGACCUCAUUAUGACUGCCUGUGGGGCCCUAGAGGAAGGCCACUGAAGGAUGCGGAAAUGUGAGGUGGUUGGGGAACUUCUGUGGACAUGGCAGUUGGUGUGCUUCAACCCCAGCUAUUCAAAACAAAGUCCACUAAAUCACCAUCAUUUACCCUCAAGAACCACCAUCCACCGAAGCACCUACGUCUUUAGAGGCCCACAGACACCCACUUCCUCUUACUGUGUAGAGGGGAGGCCAGUGAGCUAUGUGACUGUGGGGACUUAGACCUGGCCCAAGAAGGUGAGGAACACAUCCCCAAUUGGGACAGUAUUGGGAUGGGGGGGGACUCGUUUCAGAUAAGACUUUUAACGGUAAAAUCCACGUUUGUGACUUUUGACUUUCCAGAGUGGAAACGGCAUUAUGAGCUCCUUGCAGGCAGAGUAGGGGUCCAAUCACUCCACUUUUUAUUGAUGUUAUUAACAUCCUUAUUAUACUCAUAACUACAAUCGUAUUAUUCUGACUAUCAUCAUUAGUGCUCGGAUUAUCAUCACUCUGUUUGGACAUACAACUUUUAUUAUUCUAUGACUAAUGCUUUAUGGAUUAGCUUUAACAACAUUUGUUUAUUUAUUGAACUUUUUAUUUAUUCAUUCUUUCAUUUAUUUAUUUAUUUAUUUAUUUAUUGUCCGCUCGGCGACAUUAUUUUUCACUCUCGCUUUGUCUAUUUCUCUCUUUGUGUGUGUAUGUGUUGUGUCUGUCCUGAAAAUAGAAAAAAAUUAAGUACUAACAAAACAGUUACAGUAAAUUUAAAGUUAAAAGUAAUUAAAUUAUAAUGCGUCUGCAAAUAGCAAAGCAAACAAACAAAAAAAAAACAUUAAAAACAUUUAAUCGUCCAUUAGGUCAAACUACACUCAUUGAAAUGUUAUUUUGCGAAAACAUUUUCUUGUUUGAGAUCAGUCGAUAAAUUCUUACUGGGGAAAAGGUUUGUUUAAACUAAAAGCCAUUUUUAUUAUUUCAUACCAUUUUAAACAUUUCAAUGUAUUGCUUGAAAUACGUUACAGGGUAGAAGAUUCGGGCAGUCCCCCUUCCCAGACCUUGUUCACUGAUGUUUAACAGCUGGUUCUGAUGACUUUCCAUCAUAUCAGUUCAGGCCUCAGGAUCAUCUCGGUGAUCACGCUGGCUGAUUUACCGCAGCUGAAACUGGACAUGGAUUUGCCCAAUCUCAGAUUUCCAUCGCAUUAUUUGGACUGUUAAUUUUUUCCUUUGACGUGUUUUGUGGAUUACACCAACAAAAUGCAUUUACCCUUUAAAGCAUCGUGAAAUAGUAUGAUUCACUCAUAGCAUAUACAUUCUUGCUGGCCCUUUAAAUCCAUUCAUAGCGAUUCUUGCUUUUGGACAUCAUUAUUAUUUCUUUUUUCUCUUCUGAGGUCAUCGAGUAGUGAUAAAUGUUUGUGAUGCAGUCAAACAUCUGACUACAGACUGUGGUGUCAGGGCCUGAACCAGGAUAGGAAACCCCAUCUUAUACUGCCACUACUGUCAUCAUGUGAUUACUAUCAACGAAAUGAAUGAUGGACAAUCUGUGAGACUGACAUCACUUUUUUGCACAUUAUCAGGGCUCACUGGGUUGAACAAACAGUUUAAAGGUAGAACACCCCUGUGGUCACCAGUGGACUUUGACAACAUGCAAAUUACACUGUUGGGUCCGUUUUGGUAUCAGGCGACGUUAGGAUACCAAAAAAGUCACGUGCUGCCCAGAGCAGCAUGUCGCACCAUCCCAUAUCACGCAUGAUGUACCAUGACACAUUAUAGAUCACCAGAUUCGAAUACAUUCCAUUGACACUUCAUAGGUCUGAGUACCAGAGGGGACAGCUUCCUCUUGUACCCCAUAAGAUUCUGGGCUGGUACGACCGAGAUCAUUUUGCUCUAGUCAAUGCAUUGCAAUGCAAUACAAUCAUCUGGGGAAUGGGACCGGCACUUAUGCAACAGACUGCCCUGUCCACAGCUCUGUGAAAUAAGCUUGAUAAACAUGUACAUAGGGCUCUCAGAAAUCCUUUAUCUGUAUAGAAUACUUUUCUAGAGUGCCCAUUUGUCAGAUACUGGCAAAUGUUGAAAGCAUACAAUGCAAGCAUGAACAUCCGUGGAUCAUGUCAUUGCAUUGCUCAGUGGUGUCUGUGCAGAGCAUGUGUUGAUAAUCAUAGCGCACCUCACUGUCAUUGUUUGACUUCACCUUUGUCUAAUGGAUGGUCCAUUUUUCACUGGCUUUCACUGUGUCUCUCCAGCAGUAGGUGGACAUAACAUUUCUCCUUAGGGUCAUUGAUGUGCUACUGACUACAAAUGUUCUUCUCUAGUUCCUCAACCCUUUUUCUCAUAUGACUGCAGAGCAGAGCCUUGGAUUGGAGUGGUGCCUCAUUGCCACUCUCACUACUUUUUAUGUCAACGAAUACACUAAUUUAAAAGGGGUGGCUCAUCCAGCUGUGGAGCUGUGUACCUUUGAAGCUGAAGGACAUUCAAGGUUUGGAACAUCUUGAUAUCCAAGGACUCAGAAGGAGAACGUUAGAACAUGGCUCAGUGAGAUUAGAUUCCUCCACCCAUUGUAAGCAGUACCUAGAAAAAGUAUUAUUUACAUGCGUGUCCAGGCCAUUGAAAGGGUCCAGGUCGCUCAUACAGUCCCAGUAGAGUCUCGUGUGCUGAGAGCUCUGGUAGGUUUUGAGUGGACACAGACCCAUUUCAGUGCAUCGACACAGCAAGCUCAAUAACAUUGAUGGCCAACAAGGAAAGCAAUGAUCACUAAACUUACUCAACCCAUAACUAUGAUGUAUCCUUGCCUAAUCUUAUCUAAUCCUUAAUCUUAACUGUUUCACGAUAGUCUUCGAAGCUAUACUUCUCUCUGGAUGAUUUCAAACCAGUAUCUACGUUGUAGCCCCCCUAAUCUCAUUCAGCUCCCCAGACAGGGAUGAAAUGUAUCAUGUGCAUAUGGUAACUCCUCCACUUCAGCUAUCAGCAGCUUCACCAAGGCUCAAAAUCCUGAUAGAGUUGAAGGUAUGUAUACAGGAACAGAAAAAAGUCCAAAAAGUCCAUCAUCUGCCUUUUGUUCCAUUUCGUUGUAGGAAAUUCACUCAAGGUAAGGUGAGAAAAUUCAAAAUGUGAAAAAGAGUAUAUAAUAUAAUAUAUUUAAUAUAAAAGUUAUUUACAAAAUAUUGUACAACUGCACCACCGCUGUACAUUUUUGCCAAAAUGUGCACAUGUGCAUCUUUUGUUUACAAUUUAAGCACAUUUUUGUUCUGUUCUUUGUCUUUUCCUCUUUUUUUCUCUUUUUGCUUUUUUGUAAAGAAUUGAAAUUAAACAUCUUGUACAUUAUUAUGAUUAUUAUUAUGAUUAUAUGACUAUUAUUAUUGUUUUUUCCAGCAGUGCUCUUUUAACUGAUGGAAAAAAACAGACAGUUGCACAUUCUCCUGAGCAUACUCUUACUGCGCUACAAUGAAUAAAAAAAGACAAAAAAAAAGAAGAGAAAAAAAACUUCCAAACUAUUAAAUAUAUUAAUAAUUACCUGCCUGUUACUUAAGAGAAAAAAAGUAUCUAUAUAUGAUGAAAGAACACACCUGUAUACUGUAGACUAAACUGUAUGGAAAUCUAAGAAUUUACUGGGAAAAUAAGUCAACACUUUUUGUCUGUAUAAAAAAACAAUCAAAGUAUUCUACAAUAAUAACUUUGACCAGUG